GAAUCUGUUUAGCUCGCCCAUGUACUGUACCGCUUAACAUUUUCUUGUGGAAAUCUUGAGACCGGAUAACAACCAUUGUAUAGAGAGAGUCUACAGUUGCCAAUUUUGACGGGUUGGGCCCCACUUCCCACAAAACCCCACCAUGCCUCUGGUAACGAGGAAUAUCGAGCCGCGGCAUGUGUGCCGCCAGACCAUCCCUGUCAACAUCCGCAGUGAGCUGGAAUGUGUCACCAAUAUCAGCUUGGCCAACAUCAUCCGCCAGCUGGGCAGCCUCAGUAAAUAUGCAGAGGAUGUGUUCGGGGAGCUGUUUGUCCAGGCUGGAGCAUUCGCAAUCAGAGUCAAUACACUGGGAGAUCGAGUGGACCAACUGCAGGUUAAAGUCACCCAGCUGGACCCCAAAGAAGAGGAGGUGUCUCUGCAGGCCAUCACUACCCGUAAGGCCUUCCGCAGCAGUCUGACCCAGGACCAGCAGCUGUUCACCAGGCCGUCCCUGCCGAUGCCAGUCCAGGACACCUACGAGACCUGUAAUCCACCGCCACCUCUCAACUACCUCAGCCAAUACCGGGACGAUGGGAAGGAUGCCCUGAAGUUUUACACUGACCCCUCCUACUUCUUUGAACUGUGGAAGGAGAAGAUGCUGCAGGACACCAAGGACAUCAUGAAGGAGAGACGCAAGCACAGAAAGGAGAAGAAAGACCACCUGAACCAACGGACGCUCAAUCCGCGAAAGAUCAAGACCAGGAAAGACGAAUGGGAGCGCCGUAAGAUGGGGGAGGAGUUUGUGGAGCCGAAGAAUGAUUUGAUGAAUUCCUCUGAGGGUCUGAAUGGCAGUAUUGGAUCUGGAGAUGGCUUCAACUCUGAGAGCUUGGAGCAGAGCACCGGAUCCUACGCCUGUGACCCCGACGCCCCUCUCUCUCCACCUGGCACCGAUGACUUCCUCCCACCUCCACCUGCAGACAUGGCGUAUAAUGACGGAGGCUACGGAGCACCGAGCCAGAAUCGUGUCAGCGUGCUGAGUCCAAGCCACCCACCUCCUGCCCCCCCCCAUACCUCUCCACCUCCAAACUCUCGCCCCAACCUCUCCCCUCCCCCUGCACCCCCUCCCCCUCCUCCACCCUCUGGCUUCGGGGCUCCCCCACCUCCCCCUGGUUUUGAGGCCCCACCUUCUCCUCCUCCGCUCUCCUCCUCUGCCUAUCCCUCCCCACCUGCUCCCCCUCCUCCACCCUUUAUGUCCAUUGGUGCUCCUCCUCCUCCUCCACCACCUAUGCCUGUAGGUGUUGGAGGUCCUCCACCUCCUCCUCCUCCUCCACCUCCCCCUGGGCCUCCUCCCUCAUCCUUUGACCGCUCUGCAGCUUCCCAUCCUCCCUCUGCUGGUGGGGGUCAGUCCAGCUCGGCUCCCAAAGCUGAGCCGGAGGAUGAUACUCGCAACGACCUGCUGCAGGCCAUCCGGCAGGGUUUCAACCUGCGUAAGACGGAGGCGCAGCGUGAGCAGGAGAAGAGGGAUCACUCUAACAACGAUGUGGCCGCCAUCCUGUCCCGUCGUAUCGCUGUCGAGUGCAGUGACAGCGAGGAUGACUCCUCAGAGUUUGACGAUGACAAUUGGUCAGACUGAUCAUCCUCUCUUUUCCUCCUUCACUAGCCACUUCACUCUCCUCAGCCUUGAAACAACCUCCUUGUAUUUACGUUGUCAUUACAUUCAGUGAAGCAGAGGUCCAUGUUCUGUGUCGGUCAGAUUUUCAGUAUGUACAAGUGACCUAUUACAAAUCACAUUCCUUAAUCAUGUAUUUCUAUUUAUCCCCAAUUAUUCCUAUCAGAGGUGCAAAAGUCCAAAGAUUGAGAAAUGUGUGUGUGCCUGGUUUUGUCUUUCGUCACUGCUUUCUGUCACACGGCGCUGUUGUUAAUGUGAGAGUUGUGACGAGGCUCACGACUCUCUGCCGAGUCCGUGCGUAAACACAUCACCUCCGUCUUCUCUUAUUAUGAGCCCUCUGCUUCGGGCAAAAUGUCAGAUUUGAUCCGCUUUACAGCAAAGGAUAACGGAGGUAGUACACACACCUCGCGCAGCCUCUUCCACACACAGUAUUUCUAUGUACUCUGUUAAAAGACAAAACAUAUUUGCCCAAUCGUCUAUCAUAUAAUAUAGAUGUAAAGUUUAUAUUACAUAUUGAAUCAUAUGAGCUAACGAUAAUUGAUGCAAUCCUUUUAUAUCCCCAUUUUUGUAUCACUUUUCCUUUCCUCACUUUUUGUAUUCAGACAACAAUUCGCGUGCAAAUGAGACAUUGUUCAAGGUUAUCAACAGAUUCAUAGAUUAAUUAUUCAGUGUGAUGGGGGGGGGGGGGAGCAGUGGCUCAGGGCCGACACCUGGGGUCUGUGAUGAUGAUCACGCUGAACAUAUGUAGACCUUUUACACACACAUGAUUCAUUCUGUAUCCGCUUUGUUUUUCUUCUUGCUUACGUUCUUUUCUGGGGAUCAACUAGGCUCUGAUGUUUUAAUCACUGUUUUUGUCUGAUAAGUGCCUUUUUUUUAUACUGCAUCUCGGUGUCAGUGCAGCUUUAUUUUGUUUAUCCACACUGGUCACUGAUCUGCUUCUUCCAUUUGUAUUAUCAGCUGUCGUUAAUGAGUCAGAUGUAGAACAGACUGAUGUUUAGUAAGUGCCUCUUAUUUUAAAUGUGCCUGUGAUGAAGCACAAUCACACCGCAUGCUUUGCCAAAGCUUCUCCUGCCUUGAAUUUCCAAAUGAUUAUAGUUAUUUCAAUAAAGAUGGAGUGAAUUGCA